CCGGUGAUGCUGCGGUUAGCUUGACGCUGAUCUCUGCUGGAGGAGCGGAGGGACCCCGGGCGUUUUCCGAUGCUGGGGAUCCGGGAAGCAGGACCUGCCGGCGGCGGGGAGGAGGCUGCGCGGCCGCGGGGGCCGCUGAGCCGGACACACCGCGGGGAGGAGACGCCUCCCGGCCGGGCUGUGUAUCUCCUGGCCGGCCUGGUGAGCUGGAGGCGGAGACCGUGGAGGACCUCAGCCCUGCUGGCUGCAGCCAACACCGUGCUGUGGUUUGUGGCUUUCGGUUCUUUUCGAGCCUACAGCCUCCUGGCCGUCCUGUUGGCUUUCCUGGUCGUCACGGUGACCGUCAGAGACAUCAUUCGGUCCAGAUCCACAGGAGCUCACUUGUGGCGCAGCAUGACGACCAGCUGGGAGAUCAUCGAUUCAGGCCCGGAUGGACGCUCUGGGGCUGGACUUCAGCUCAGCGACUCCCUCAAACUCUUCCUCCAGGAGACUUCGGCUUUCAAGCAGCAAAACCCCGGCAAGUUCUGCCUGCUGGUUUGCAGUUUGUGCACCUUCUUCGCCGUCUUAGGACGCUACAUUCCAGGGAUUGUGAUCUCAUAUGUUCUUGUGCUGGGCGUCUUCCUGUGGCCUCUGGUUUCAUCUCAUGAGGUCGGUUUGUGGCUGGAGCCAGUUCUGCAGAAGCUGGACUUUGGCAUUGGCGAGUUUUUCCAGAAAAUCAAAGACAACCACGAGAAGAGACUCCUGCAGGCUCAGACUGAGAAAGAAGGCAUCGAGUCGGACCUUUCCUCCAUGUUUCCUAAGCUCGACUCUGCGGUGUGUAAAGAAAUGUCAGUAUCGGACACAGAGGUGUCGGACAUGACGUGGACGGACAACGGCACUUUCAACCUGUCAGAAGGAAACACGCCACAGACGGAGAACUCAGAGGACCUGGACAGAGAGGAAGCAUUCACAGGCGGCCUCCCAGAAUUCCCUUCGCUUGACAACGGCGCAACGACCAACGGCGACGAUGACGAUGACCUGAGCCUCGGCCUCCCCUCAGCUCCACCUCAGCAGCCCAUCAGAUCCCAGCAAAUGCCUCCUCUUUGUAAAGACCGGCCCGCCGACGAAGCCCUGGGAUUGGUCAGCCAGGUGGCCAGCGACGUCAUCACUGCCGCCGUCACGGCCGCCAUCCAGGAGAGAAUCGAGGCGGCGGUCGGAUUGGUGGCGCCCAGCGGAGACGGCGGGCGGUCAAGGCUGCCAGAACCCAGCAGGCUGCUGGAGCUGGCCGAGGAGUCGGACAGCGAGGUGGAGGACUUUGAGCUGCUGGACCAGUCAGAGCUGGAGCAACUGGAGGGCGAGCUGGGGCUGAAAGAGGAGAAGAGCAACCAGGAGGCCCAGAGCCACAAGCCGGCCUCCUCUGGCUUCCUCUCCAAACUCCUCCAACGCCACUGAUGGAUGAAGAGUUCAGGUCAGAGGACAUGUGGAGACCAAGGCCUUCUGCUCAGAGAGCUCUGGACGGUGGUGAGAACAGAACGUUUCCAUUUGUGUUUUUCCUGCUAAAAUCUGCAUUCAAAGCUGAACAGUUGGAGGUGGAGACGCGUUGAUGUGGAGCAGCUUGUUGCUGAGAUCAGCCUGAAGACACAACCAGCCUCCACAGCAGCACCACCUUCCUUCCUCUGCCGACCACACCGACGGUCAUCUAAUGACGCCUCCCAACACUUCCUGCUCUGAUCUGCAGUCUGAUGAGUCUGUCAGUCACUUCAUGGACCUUCUGUUAGGGUGUCUGUGGUGGUCUGUCUGGAACUGAUUCUGGUGUGAUUUGGAGGUUGGUCUGCAGACGGACGACCGGCUUUAGGAACUAGACGAGUGCAGCUGGUUUUAAUGCGAUCUUUUAUUUUUCACAGCAUAAAAACACAUAGGAGGAGAGGUACUGCAUGGAAAUAGUUUUUUCCUACAAUUCUACAAUUUCAUUUAGCAGAUGCUUUUGUCCAAAGCGACGUACAACACAAGCAAGAAUUCAGACAUAAGGAAAAACCUGUAGUAAGUGCAAAAAGUGCAAAAAGUGCAAAAAGUGCGAUUGGUCAAAGGUGUUGCCAUCAAGUUGCAGAUGGUCAAAUCUUGCUGCACCAGAACCGAAAGUAGGGAUUUAACAAUAGACAGACAUCACAGUUUUAAAGUGAAAUACUAGUUUAGUGAACAAACUAUGACUUUAUGUUUCCAUAAAAACACAUCUGGAGCAGCUGCUGCAGCAAAAGCAGAUCAAUCUUCUGUCAAAGCUGCGUUCAGAUGCAGCAUUUAGAGCAUCAGCUGUUUGACCUGGAUCUCCAUUCUGCUGCUGGGAAACAACAGAUGCUUUUAUUGCUUUGAAAUGUCAGAACAAGCUGAGUUUGCUCCACUGGUUUCCUCGUCAAACUAAAGUUCUCGUUGGGUUCAUCUAAGGUCCACUGACAAACUGCUUCUCAACGGUUCUGAGCACAGAGAAAGUUGUGCACGUGCACCAAGAGUUCUGGUUCAGAUGGAUUUGGGCUCAGAUCAGUCAGAACAGUGACGGCUCUGAUAAAACCCAAUAUUUACUGAAGUCUUUCAUUUGGCCGCAGUCUGCUAAAAACUGUUAAAUGUGGAGGAAAGUCUGACUAAAUCUGAGAGUAAAAUGAAGAAAAAAUGCUGUGAGAUUCAAAGAAGUGUCUUUUGAUCAAAGAUGGUAAAAAUGUCCUCGUGUAGCUGACAGAGAGCUGCGUUUAUUUAAAUGAUCGCUAUCAUUCCUGAAAGCCACGCAGAACAGAGCAGCAGCGUUUUCAUGGCAGAGGAACGGCUUUCCUGCUCUUCAUCUUCAGUCUGAUGCUGUAAUGAGGUCAGUUUAGCAUUUAUUAGCAUCAUGUCAGCAUCAGGACAUGAUUUAUCACACUAUCAGUGAGCUGAUGAGGACAUUUAAGGGUUUUAGUAAAUCUGUGAUCAACUUUUAUCCAAGAAAAAUCCUAAAUGAUCAAUUACACAGGGUUUAAAGUGAACUCAUCUCAAGGUUUCCCUGCACUUCAUACAGCGUUGUAAUGUUUGUGAUGCAUACAAUAAAACGUGAGAUUUUCUGUUUUGAAUCAAAUCAUGAAACAUUUCCUCUGAAUGUAUUGUUCCAUUAAUUCUCCAUCAUUUAUUGAACACUUCAGAUGUCUUCAUGUCUGCUGACAGCGUGUUUUAAACCGUUCAGUCUCACAGAGGAAGCAGGGAAACUCAAAGUGUUUUUCCUGAAGUGACUUUAAUCUGAGCCUGAAGGUGAAGCUGCUUCUUAGAGCUCAGUAUUUCUGCAGCAGAAUCCACAUUUCAGCUCACAUUUCUCCAUUUGACCUUAGAGCAAACUCAGCGUCACACCUUCUGUCUGGUAGCUGAUCAGCUGAUUGCUCCUACAUUACCCAGAAUUCCACAGACACCAAACUGAACCACAGUCACCAGGAAUGUUUCUGGUUGGAUUCUGAACUAUGAAAAGAAGGACGUAUUGUUAUUUCAUUACUUCUUUUUCUUGUUUUUGUAUGUACCUUGUUGAUUUGUCGUGAAGCGUUUCAGUCGUGGAGGGAUCUACUUUUAUUCCAGCGAGCAGCAGAAAGCUCUGCAUGGAAAUCUUCCUGUGAAUAUCUUCACAUGUAAAACUGGCUUCACUUCCAGCUCCUGUGUUUUUUGGGGUCUAAACUUCAGCGUCCAUGCGUCAGAUGUGACAUACGGCCGUCCUGUCAGAAUGUAAACUCUCCUGGUUUGCAUGCGUCUGUUUUCCAGAUCGCCUCCUUCCUGAAGAACAUUAGUUCUGUUCCUGCAGCGCCGCCAAACUCAGCCUCCAAUCUCCACGUUCACUCCAUUAUUUGAUGACUUCACCACUGAGAGAGCUGAUAAACGGUCUAUUUAGAGCUCAGCUUGUGGUCAGCAGAGAGCAGAAAGGAAGGAAGGAGUGUGAGCUGUGGCCUCCUCUCAGACGUUUUUCUGUCGGACUGAUUGAGCAGUGAGCUAACAGGCUGCAGCUCUGACACACUUCAACCCUUUUCCACCAACACAAACCCUUCAGGGAGCGCUUUGCUCUCACUGUGUUCUGUUCUUAUCCGGUUUGUUCUGAGCUUCACGGUGCACAGACGCUUUGUUUCUCCUCCAAGCUGCUGCUGAAGAUGACCAGCUCAUGAUUGGAGUGUUUUCCUGUUUAGUAUCACCGUUCAGUUCAGAAACAACGUGGUAAACCUCGGUCAGAGCUGUGAACGCUGCUCUGUGUGCCCACAGCAUUUCUAAACGCCAGCUGUUGGAAUUAAAGCUGGUUUGAGAUGCUAGCAGCCUGUUAAACACUGCUACGUAUGAGCAGCAGAGACCUCACAGGGCUGCAGGGUUUACACGUUAUCUCUGGACUUCAGCUUCUCUCACAGCUUUUCAGUCGCUGUUUGGUUGAGUUGAAGCUCUGAAACGUCCUGGAUAGGGUUAGAAAGGAUCAUUUGAAGAUGCAGCGCCGACAUCAGAAGGUCUGGAUUCAGUGAAUGAACAUGAAGAAGGAUGGAAGUGUUUCUGUAACAUGUCCUGUACAUGAAGAGGUGUGGUUUUUCUAGACUCAGCACUGUAUAACGUAUCCUUAUGAGUUAGUCCUGUAAUGCCUUGUAUUAUCGCACCAUGAGCGCUGCUAAGAGGACUUUGUAGUUCAGUGUUAGCUCACAUGUGAUGCUCCAGCCUCUGAAUGAGGAACUGUCAGGCUUCACUAAAUCUUUUAACAUCAAACAUCUGUUUAUUUGGUCUCCUUGUACCUGCUGGUAAACAAUGGAAGCUUCCAUACGGUUGCAUAAAAGUGAGAAAGUGGUUCAAAGUGACGGUUGUGGGUCAGAACCAAAAUUCAUUAUCAAAAUGUACUUUUCUGUAUCAACAGUGUCAAUAAAACGUUGUAAGGCA